AUGGCGGUCUGCAGGAAAGUUAACAUUUGUGGUUCUUGUCCUCAGGUGUACGAGGUGGUGCCGUGUCAGAGCGACUGUAACCAGUAUGUUUGGGUCGCGGAGCCCUGGAGUGUUUGGAAGGUCAGCAACGUUGACCUGAAGGAGAACUGCGGGGAGGGCGUCCAGACCAGAAAAGUCAGGUGCAUGCUCAACACGGUGGACGGGCCCUCAGAGGCGGUGGAGGACUACCUCUGCGACCCGGAGGAGAUGCCGCUGGGCGCCCGGGAGAGCCGACUUCCCUGCCCAGAAGACUGCGUCCUCAACGACUGGGGCCCCUGGAGCCGCUGCAGCCUGCCCUGCACCAGAACCAACAGUCGAGUCCGGACGGCGUACACCAUCCGAUCCCCCAGCGUGGGCCGGGAGUGUCCCGACACGACGGACAAAGAAGCCUGCAGCCUGAACCUGAACUGCUUCAACUACUUCUACAACAUCACAGGUACCGGCUCCUGCUUCUGUUUGUGGCUCUUCGAGCAAAGGAAACCUGUGGAGGGAAAAAUGGAGAACUCUUACAUGUAAGAACACGAUAAAAUA